UGGCAGUGCGGAGGAAGCAUGGAGGUCUUACCCUGUUCUCGCGUGGCACAUAUUGAACGCACAAAGAAACCCUACAACAACGACAUUGAUUACUAUGCAAAGCGCAACGCCCUGCGGGCCGCUGAGGUCUGGAUGGAUGACUUCAAGUCGCAUGUUUACAUGGCGUGGAACAUCCCCAUGGCAAACCCUGGAGUUGACUUUGGAGACGUUUCUGAAAGAAUAGCUUUACGACAGCGACUGCAGUGCCGGAGUUUUAAGUGGUACUUGGAGAACGUCUAUCCUGAAAUGAGGGUUUAUAAUAAUACAGUCACUUAUGGAGAGGUGCGUAACAGCAAAGCUAGUGGCUACUGCUUAGAUCAGGGAGCCGAAGAGGAUGACAAAGCAAUCCUUUAUCCAUGCCAUGGAAUGUCCUCUCAGCUUGUCCGCUACAGCUCGGAAGGCGUCCUGCAGCUGGGGCCGCUGGGCUCCACGGCCUUUCUGCCUGACUCCAAAUGCCUCGUUGACGACGGGAAGGGCAGGACACCAACUCUGAAGAAGUGCGAAGAUGUCCUGAGGCCAGCACAGAGGUUCUGGGAUUUCACACAGAAUGGUCCAAUCGUCAGCAGAGACACUGGCCGUUGUCUAGAAGUGGAAAUGUCAAAGGAUGCAAAUUUUGGGCUCAGAUUAGUCGUACAAAGGUGCUCGGGGCAAAAAUGGAUGAUUAGAAACUGGAUAAAACAUGGCCGACAUUGACUGCUGGGCCUGAGAAGCUGCCUCUCCUGCCGCUGUCCAUUGCUCAGUGUGCCAUAUCUUGCAAGGCAUUUGUCUUAAAGCAAAUUAGUUUGAACAGGACUUAGCUCUCAAGAGUCCUCCACAGUUGGGCAUUCA